AUGGGCUCCAUAGCUUCAUCUUCUUGGCUAUCACGCCUUCAAGAUGAAGAUUCACCCCAAUUUUAUCGCGUGUAUGCCGCGUUCUCGGCCAAAUCUCCGUCAUCUGAUGUCAACAGGUCUACUUGGAUCGAGUAUUAUAACCCUUCAAACAAUACUUGGCAUCGAGUCACGACGAUACCGGGAUUAGUUGAGAACCAUGUUUUGAAAGGGUUCGCCAUGGUUAUAGUGCGCGACUUCAUUUACAUCAUCGGUGGCGUUCUUUGCCACAAGGAGUUACUCGAAGGGCAGGGCCCUGAUGAUGUGAGUGAAGUUGACUUAGAAGUCUACCAGUCUGUAUUGCGAUACAAUAUCAUCGACGACACAUGGUCCAAAUGUGCACCUCUUAUAGUCCCACGUUUUGAUUUUGCAUGCACCGUGAGCGGAAAUAAGAUUUAUGUGGCUGGAGGAAAAUGCACCAUCGACAGUGUCAGAGGAGUUUCGUCAUCUGAGGUCUACGAUCCUGCUCUCGAUCAAUGGAAGUCAUUGCCAGAUAUGGGCACGUCUAGAUAUAAGUGUGUCAGUGUCACUUGGCAAGGGCGAAUUUAUGUGGUCGGUGGUUUUGCUGAAUCUGGAAGUGUCGAUGCUCAAGGGCCGUUCAGUAUGGCUAGGAGCUCAGCCGAAGUGUAUGACACGAUGAACAAUAAGUGGGAUUUCUUGCCACGUAUGUGGGAUCUCGACGUGCCACCUAACCAGAUUGUGGUGGUUGGAGAAAAGUUGUUCAGCUCGGGUGAUUGUUACAAGAAAUGGAAAGGAUUCAUUGAGAAAUACGACCGAGAGCUUAACAUGUGGAAUGUGGUCGAUGGGUCAUCUCCGACGUCUAUGUUGGAUGUCACGUCACGACAACAUCCACAAACGGAACAAUUGUACCUUACGAUAGCACCGAUCGGGACGUACUUGCACUUUUUAGCGGGCUACCGAAUGACGGGCGAAACAACUUCGAGAUUCAGGUCAGAAGUUCAUGUUUUCGAUGUACGGUUAGGGGGUGGAUGGAUGAGUUUUGAGCCAAUGGUAGAGGAUGAGGAGAAAGAGCUUUCUUGUCAUUGUGCAACUUACAAAAGGCGUGACUAA